CACUACAACUCCUGUUUUCUACAGUUUGUGCCCUCUGCUGCUGAUGUGAAAGAUGAGUUUGUGUGGCAGAAAGGCACUGACACUCCUUAGCAGUGUGUUUGCUGUGUGUAGUCUGGGGCUGCUGGGUAUUGCUGUCAGCACUGACUACUGGCUGUACCUGGAGGAGGGGGUCAUCCUGCCUCUCAAUCAGAGCACUGAAAUCCGUAUGUCUCUCCAUUCAGGGCUCUGGAGGGUCUGUUUUCUUGCAGAGACAACAGCUCCAGCAACAGUGUUACCAGAUGGUAAAUCAGGAGAGGAGAAUGGUCGCUGCUUUACAAUAGAGUAUGUGAUGCCAAUAAAUGUUCAAUUGACGUCAGAAUCCACAGCCAGUGUUCUGAAAAUGAUUCGUUCUGCUACUCCAUUCCCGCUGGUUAGUCUAUUCUUUAUGUUCAUUGGCUUUGUGCUAAGUAAUAUUGGACACAUCUGCCCUCAACGCACUAUUCUGGCUUUCAUCUCUGGAAUAUUUUUUAUCCUGUCAGGUCUGUCCUUGGUGGUGGGUCUGGUCUUGUAUAUAUCCAGUAUUAAUGAUGAGAUGCUAAACAGAACAAAAACGAAUGAAGCUUAUUUCAGUUAUGCAUAUGGCUGGUCUUUUGCUUUUGCUGCAGUCUCCUUCCUGCUUACUGAGGCAGCAGGCGUAAUGUCUGUGUACCUUUUUAUGAAGCGGUACAAUGCAGAGGAGAUGUACAGGCCACAUCCAGGUUUCUACCAACCUCGCCUCAGCAACUGUUCUGAUUACUCUGGUCAGAUCCUGCAUCCAGAUGCCAGGUCUCGUGGACGCAGCCACUCAGACAUCUCCAGUGUAGCAUCCCUUCAAAUGAAUUCAAACUACCCUGCGCUCCUCAAGUGUCCUGAUUAUGAUCAGAUGUCCUCAUCACCCUGUUGAGAUUGCAAAUAAACAAUAGUGAAAUCUGAGAAUGAGAUAGCUCUAGCUAGUUCUUAAAGAUGCUAUACUGGCAUGGCUUUGGCACCUGAGAUUGUGUUGUGUUUGAACAGAGGAUAAAUGUAUGUCCUUGUCUUCGAGAGCCUUCAGUACUAAUGCAGUGAUUCUGAGUUUAAUACAUAAGUUGAUGGUAUCAUUUUCUCUUUUAUGUGUAGUUUACCACACUGAUGUGUAGCUAAUAGUAUUUCUGCCUUUUUCUUAAAAGUAUGAUUUUUUUAGAGUAAUUUUAUUCAAAGAGUCAGUUGGUUUUUAAUCAAAACUCCAGCUUUAAUUGAAAACAUAUGUAUGUUUUAUAGAAAAAUGGAGAACUAGAAAUUAUAGUAUAAAAUAAGUAUUUAAAUUAUUAUAUUUAUUCAUCAUGCUUAAUAAAGCACAUAUUCAGUGAGAAGAUACAUGCUAAUGUGACUCAAUAUUUGUUAAUCAACAUCUUGUUUCUGCCCUUAUGCACUUUAAGAAAGUAACCAUAACAGAAUUUAAAUAUAUUAAUAUUUUAUAUUAUUGUUAUGUGUUGUUGUGUCACAGGUGAGACUAGCUGUGGUCUUUUGAUUAAGAGGCAUUUUGUGUUUGAUACAGAUGUUAACAUUAAUCUAGGUUUAGUGUUUUCCUUUUUUGGCUAGUGCUUUACAUUCUAAUCUAA